AAAAACAGAAAACAAUUCCAAUUCUUUUGUGAGAAAAAAAGACCAAGUAUAAAUACUACCUGUUGAUCGAUUCAUCAGAUCAAACACAUCAAGUGGUGAACACACAUCGAUCUUUUAUUCAUUCAUUUUUUUUAAUUCAUAUUUUCCAUAAUGUUCCAGGUAAGUGUGAAUACUUUGAACACAAAAUUUGACAUUUUUAAAUUUUGUUUUUCAUCAGCUUGCAAUCCUUUCCGCUAUUCUUGGCAUGUCAGCUGCCAUUUCUUAUGGUGGCGGCGGUGGUGGUGGUGGUUAUUCCAUUGGUUAUAUUUCUGGUAAAGGCGGAAGUGGUGGUGGUGGUGGUGGUGGUGGGUUUGGCGGUGGUGGUGGUGGUGGUGGUGGAAUUAUGGUACCAGCUGCAGUUAUAUCAAAUCAUCAAAUUCGACAAUUCGAUGUACCAAGCUCGGGUUUUAUUAAUCCAACCACUAUUGAUGUGCCAGCUAAUUUUAUUCCAGUGAAUUUUAUUUUCCGUUCUGCAUCUUCGAUGGUGAAUGUUGCACAAAAACAUUCUUCAGCGCCUGGAUCAUUCCAAGAAAGCCAUAGUCAAGAUGAACCGCAUAAAUUAGUUCAUUCAAUAACUAAACCGAUUAUACAGGAAGUCAGAGAAAUAAUCACACCAUACCGUCGUGUCACACAAACUGUGGAACCAGUACGUGAAAGUGUUGAAACUAUUGUUGCAAGAAACGCUGGUGGUGGUUCCGGUGGUGGUUUUGGUGGUGGAUUUGGAGCUGGCGGAUUCGGUGGCGGCGGUGGUGGUGGUGGUAAAGGUGGCGGUUAUUCUGGUGGAUCAUCUGGUGGUUAUGGUGGAUCAUCCGGUGGAUAUAGUAGUGGAUCAUCUGGUGGUUAUGGUGGAUCAUCCAGUGGAUAUGGUAUGUCCAUCAGUUCCGGUGGUUAUUCUGGUGGUGGUGGUGGUGGUAGUUACUAAAAAACAAAACGAUUUUAAUCCAAAAAAAAAUCGAUCAAACAUUAAAU